GAGUCAGGAGACGCAGGUGUAAUCCGGGAAAAAAACUUUUAUUAUUCCAAGGUCGGGGAUCGGGCAGGCAGUCAGGUGCGGCGGCGGUAGUCGGGACGUCGGGCGUGGAGAGCACGUCAGCGGGCAGGCAGGAGUCGGUACACGGGAGAACGAUCAAAGCAGGCAGGAGUAUCAAGGGAGUCGGGCUUACGGGGUCGGUCGGAGAACGGGCGGUGGUCGGUACACACGGAUUGCCGAUCAGAGAUACGGGAGCGCAGGAACGGGGCAUGAGUUGCGACGAUCUGGCGCCGGACCAGAUGUCCCCAUGGUCCUAUAUACACCGGGGCCAAUCAGCCAGGAUGAGGCGCAGGCGUGCCACCCGCACAGACAGGGCCGGACCGCCAGGACCAUGACACCUGUGUGGUUUUGUGGUCACGGCUUCUUGAGAGUUUUUAGGUUUUGUCUGUUCAUUAAUGGGCAUGACAACCAAAUUUCAUGCUGCUAAGUGAAAGCUAAUAUUCCUGUGUUCCAUUGGGAAUCGGCAAAAAGACGGCAGCUUCAAACCAAGAUGGCAGACUUGCUGUGUCUUUUCCGGCAUGAAUUCUUGAGAUUUUUUUGCGGAUCAAGUCGCGAUCAACGGGUCCACCAAAUUUCAUUUUCCUAAGUGCAAUUCGCUCUGGGGGCUGAAUCUUCAAAAUGCGUGACCAUACUUUGCACCUCAAUGGUCACUUACAACCAAGAUGGACGACUUCCUGUUUAUUUUUUUGGCGGCGAUGUCGGCCCGAGCCCCCCACCCGUUCCCGACGGUGGACGUCCCCGACCACGCCCACUACACCAUCGGCUCCGUCAUCCUCGCCAUCGGCAUCACCGGAAUGCUCGGCAACUUCCUGGUCAUCUACGCUUUCAGCAGGAGCCGCAGCCUGCGCACCCCCGCCAACAUGUUCAUCAUCAACUUGGCGGUGACGGACCUGCUGAUGUGCGUGACGCAGGCGCCCGUCUUCUUCGUCAGCAGCAUGCACAAGCGCUGGAUCUUCGGGGAGAAAGCGUGCGAGCUCUACGCCUUCUGCGGCGCCCUGUUCGGGAUCUGCUCCAUGGUCACGCUGACGGUGAUCGCCGUGGACCGCUACUUCGUCAUCACGCGACCCCUGACCUCCAUCGGCGUGCUGUCGCGGAAACGGGCCCUCGUGGUCCUGGCCGCCGCGUGGACGUACUCGCUGGGGUGGAGCCUGCCGCCCUUCUUUGGAUGGAGCGCGUACGUCCCCGAGGGCCUGCUGACGUCGUGCACGUGGGACUACGUGACGUUCACGCCGUGGGUGCGCGCCUACACCAUGCUGCUGCUGCUCUUCGUCUUCUUGGUGCCGCUGCUCGUCAUCGUCUGCUGCUACGUCUCCAUCUUCAGAGCCGUUCGCCGCACCAACAAGGCGGUGGGCAAGAUGAGCGGCAGCGGGGUCCACGCCCACGUGUCGUCCCGCGACUCGGUCAAGACGUUCCACCGGCUGCAGAACGAGUGGAAGAUGGCCAAGAUCGCUCUGAUCGUCAUCCUGCUCUACGUGGUCUCCUGGUCGCCGUAUUCGGCCGUGGCGCUCACCGCCUUCGCCGGGUACGCCGACAUGUUGACGCCCUACAUGAACUCGGUGCCCGCUGUCAUCGCCAAGGCCUCCGCCAUCCACAACCCCAUCAUCUACGCCAUCACUCAUCCCAAGUACAGGGUGGCGUUGGCCAAGUACAUCCCGUGCCUCGGCGCUAUUCUGCGCGUGCGCCCGGCGGACCUUCGCUCGGCCGGCGGCAGCUUCGCCUCCACGCGGCGUUCCACCGUCACCAGCCAAACCUCCGACGUCAGCGCCCACUUCCGACGACAGAGCAAGAGUCGCCUCUCCUCGGUCUCUGACAGCGAAUCGGGUUUAACGGACACGGAGGCGGACCUGCCCAGUCUGAGCUCUCGUCCCGCCAGCCGCCAGGUGUCCAGCGACAUCGGCAGGGACACGGCGGAAUACCCGGAAUUCAAACCGUCGUCCAGCUUCAAGGGAAAGAUGAAGAAUCACGACUCGGGAAUCUUUGAGAGGACGUCUUUCGACACGGAUAUUUCCAUGAUUGGCGUCAGUGAACGCGGCAUCGCCGACUUGGCCGACGCUCACGCGAGCAGAAGCGCGCUCGGUCGCAUCCCGAGCAUCGUCGUCACGUCCGAGUCCAGCCCCUUCCUCCCCAUCGGACGCUGCGCCUCGCGGUCCGCCCCCGGCAAGGCAACGUACUCCGUCACAGGGGCGGGGUUUGGGUUAAACAUGUGACUGGCUGACGUCCAAUCGGACGUUAGAAACACACCCAAGCGCACUACACACUAAUGAUUCAAUUAAAUAGUAACUGUAUGUUUUUAGGAAUCAAAAUAUGACAACAACAGUACUACUUUUCUGACUAAAAACAACACAAUAAUUUUUUUUAUAUUUAAUAUUUAAUUGAUGUUUCUGUGUGUAAAUUGUGAGUGUGUUUGGCUCGAGAUCAAAGUGGCAAGUGCCAUGUUGUUGUUUGUUUUACGGGGAGAUGAUUUUACUGUAUUUACAGUAUAUUUAUCGUUGGACUGUUUCCAUGACGACGAGCGUGCGCUGUGACCAGAGCCUCGGCCGGAUUAAAACAAAAGAGGGCGACGGGAUGUUUUCUUGCACUCGCUAAACAUGCAAUUUGAUUUUUCAUAACCUUCAAAUGUAAAGUAAAACACGGCAUAUUAUACAGUCAUCGGUUUCUAAUGCAAAAGCACGUUUGAUGUUGUUUCUUGGAGUUAUUGUACAUGAACGUUCACAGCAUUGUUGCUUUUAUUUAUUUUUAUAAAUAAAAAAUGAAUA